CACUUUCAGUUGAAAUUCGAACGUUGACCGAAAUCGUUCGAAAAUCGUAUCGCCCAAAGCCAACUGAAUCGAGGAAAAUCCAAUUCCAAAUACGAAUCGAAAUCGAAAUUCCGAAUUGAGUCCCAAAACUUUUUUGUUUUUUAUUUUGUUACCUAAACCGAUCAUCGACAAGAGUGAACCGCGCUGCCACGCACGAUCGCCAUUCAGAUCCAUUCCAAACUCCAGAUCUCGGUGACGUAGACGUCCGCCGAAAACAGCUGAUAAGAUACUUAUCGCACGUCCCCCCCCUCAACCACUUGCACACCCACUGGGCGAAAAAGCUUUAUCAGCAGCAGCAGCGACGCGGCGCAGCAUUUGUGGCCUUGUAAUCCGCGGCACCGCCAAGAUGCCACAGCCUAAACAACAACAACAGCAGAAGCUGCAGCAGCAACAGCUGCAGAAGCAGAAUCCGCUGCAGAAACAUUCCAGCUCCAGUCCGAGCUCCAGUCCGAGCUCCAGUCCGAGUUCCAUUUCCAGUCCCGGCAUCAACACUUCCACGAUCGUAAAGCGGGAACGAGAAAGGGAGCGGGAACGCACGCAGACGAUCGGGGAAACAGACAUGGAUCAGUCGGUGCUCAAUGGAUUAACGUUGGGCGGAGAUGUUGGCGGUUACCAUGGACACAAGCGCGAACUGGGUCACAGAGUGUUUGUGAACAGAUCGUUGCAUUUGGAGAACAUCAAGUACUAUGGCUUCGACAUGGACUACACUUUGGCAGAGUACAAGUCACCGCAGUACGAGCAACUGGGCUUCAACCUGGUUAAGGAGCGCCUGGUUUCCAUGGGCUAUCCGAAGGAGAUCCUUCAGUUCGAGUACGAUCCCACGUUCCCGGUUCGUGGCCUGUGGUUCGACACACUCUACGGCAAUCUGCUGAAAGUGGAUGCCUACGGCAACAUCCUUGUCUGCGUUCAUGGCUUUGAGUUCAUCAAGCAUCACCAGGUGUACGAGCUGUAUCCCAACAAGUUCUUGAAACUGGACGAGUCGCGUGUGUAUGUCCUGAACACGCUCUUCAAUCUGCCGGAAACCUAUCUCCUGGCCUGCCUCACCGACUUCUUCACCAAUAGCUCCGAAUUUGUGCGCGUUGAGCGUGGCAUCAAAGCUGGCGAUUUCCUUUUCACCUACAAGUCGAUUUUCCAGGAUGUGCGUCGCGCCGUCGACUGGGUGCAUUCCGAUGGCGAUCUCAAGCGUCGCACCACGCAGAAUAUGGCACACUAUGUGAAGAAGGACGAGCGCUUGCCCACGGUUCUGUCGCGCAUCCGCGAGUCGGGCGCCAAACUCUUCAUGCUGACCAACAGCGACUAUACGUACACCAAUGAGAUCAUGACCUACCUGUUCGACUUCCCACAUGGCGCCACUCCGGAGGAACCGCAUCGCGACUGGAAGAGCUACUUCGACGUGAUCGUGGUGGAUGCCCGCAAGCCGCUCUUCUUUGACGAGGGCACCGUUCUGCGGCAGGUGGACACCAAGACCGGGGGUCUGAAGAUCGGCACCCACAUUGGACCCCUGCAGCCGGGUCAGGUGUAUUCGGGUGGCUCCUGCGAGCUCUUCACCAAGUUCAUCAACGCCAAGGGCAAGGAUGUCCUGUAUGUGGGUGACCACAUCUUUGGCGAUAUUCUCAAAUCGAAGAAGAUCCGUGGCUGGCGCACCUUCCUCAUUGUGCCGGAAUUGGUGAGGGAGCUGCAUGUGUGGACGGAUGAAUGCCAGCUGUUUGCGGAGCUACAGAACUUGGACAUCAAGCUGGGCGACCUCUAUAGGGACCUCGAUUCGAGUGCCAAGGUCAAGCCGGACAUUUCGCAGCUGCGCACCUGCAUCCGGGAUGUGACGCACAAGAUGGACAUGUCCUACGGCAUGAUGGGCUCCCUCUUCCGCUCCGGCUCGCGCCAGACCUUCUUCUCCAGCCAGGUGGUGCGAUACGCCGACGUCUAUGCGGCCACACUGCUCAACCUCAUCUACUACCCCUUCUCGUAUAUGUUCCGAGCUCCGGCCAUGCUCCUGCCGCACGAGUCCACGGUAGCCCACGACCAGGCCCACCAGCCGCCUCCAGCGCUGGCCCCUGCUCCGGCGGUCACUGGAUACUCCUCGGUGGCAGCAUCGCCGGAUGAGCCGGCACGCAUUGUGGCGGGCACCGAGCAGGCCAAGGACACCAAGGACUUGCAUCGCGCCAGCUCCAUUGUGCACACUCGUCCCUCCACGCCCACCGUGGUGACCCACACCCAUGACGAGGACUACUCCGAGGAGGAGGAGACGCCCAGUGGUGCCGAGUCCUCCACGGAGCAGCCGCUGCGCGACGCCUCCGAAGACUAGGAGCCGCGACCCCCUCCCCCCAGUAAGAAUGUUUGGAUCAACGAAUUUUCUUCUCAAACUUCCCCGACGUCCCAAAAACCCCAACCCAUCCCAAAAUCCACACUGUGGUCGAAGCAAUUGUGAAACGUACGAUUUUCCCUGGCGAUUUUACCCAAACACAGAUAUGUGAAAUUAUAUACCAUAUACGAUAUAUACAUUAAACAUUAUACAUUAGCUGGUUCCAUA